GCGGAAGAGUGGGCGGGGCCUGUUGGCUGCUGUGUGGGAAGUAGCUAGGUAUAGUCUCCUGUCAGAGUCCCGGGCCCAGCAGCACCGAACCGGUUCCCCCCCAGUAACUCCAACUCGCCAGCCGGACCGCCUUUCAGCAUGGGGGACAAAGAGUUCAUGUGGGCUCUGAAAAACGGAGACAUGGACGCCGUGAAGGAGCUAAUCACAGCGGGUGCAGAUGUAAACCGCAUGCUCGAAGGUGGUCGCAAGCCUCUACACUAUGCAGCUGACUGUGGACAGGAUGAGAUUGUUGAGUUUCUUCUAGCAAAAGGAGCCGAUAUCAAUGCUCCAGAUAAACAUGGGAUUACCCCACUUCUGUCUGCCUGCUAUGAGGGCCACCUCAGAUGUGUCAAGCUUCUUCUCUCAAAGGGAGCUGACAAGACUGUGAAAGGGCCAGAUGGACUCAAUGCCCUGGAAUCUACAGACAACCAGGCUAUUAAGGAGCUUCUUCAUUGAUGGACUGGAUUCUCUGCCUGCACAGUUUGCCUCUUGUGUGGCCUCUCACUGCUGCCUGUCUUUCCUUUUUCUAUCUGCCAAUUUCUUCAUCUCCUCACCUUAAGUUGGAGGAUGUAUGGUAAAACAGAGAGCAUCAACCUCAAUUAGAUUGAAUCAAAGCAAGAUUGUAGACUGAUGAACUGGGAUUUUACUGGUGUCUUAAACAGCAUGGGAUGUUUAAAAAAAAAAAAAAAAAAGGAAUGUAACUCACUCAAUUCCAGCCCUUAAAAUGUAUCAUGGAGUGAUUUUCUUUUACAGUUUAUGAAAUAAAAA